UAUGUUUACGUAGGUGGCUAGCAAAAUAGCAAGCUGCCAACAGCUGGUAUCUUGCAAACAUAUACUAGAUAAAGUAGUACAGUUGGUAAUUGUCAGCAAAAGCAGAGUGAGUGGUUAUCUGUUGUGACUAUUUGUUUUAUGCCUAGAGUCUAGUCUUUAGCAACCUACUAACCUGGGGCAAAAUAGGAGUCCCAUUUCGAACACAAACAAGACAGACGAGAGACAGUCAGCAGCUGUAGUACGCUCGCGUUAGCACGCAACCUCGAUAGCAGCUGAUUAGCUAGCUACCUUUAGCAAUUUGUGCAACAUAAAAAAAAUGUCGGACCUUGAAACCAGCGAAGAUCCAACUGUGGUGAAAAUGGAGGAGGGCGGAGAGGCUAGCACCGAAGAGCAGACGCCGACUGUUGCAGAGGGCGGCCAGGCAGGAGAAUCCGAGGGAUCAAAGAUUGAUGCCAGCAAAAACGAAGAGGAUGAGGGGAAAAUGUUUGUUGGUGGUCUGAGCUGGGACACAACAAAGAAGGAUUUGAAGGAUUACUUCUCCAAGUUUGGGGAGGUGGUAGACUGCACCCUGAAGCUUGACCCCAUGACAGGCCGGUCCCGAGGGUUCGGCUUUGUUCUGUUUAAAGCAGCUAACAGCGUUGAUAAGGUGGUUUUACAGAAGGACCACAAGCUGAAUGGGAAGGUGAUCGACCCUAAGAAGGCCAAGGCCAUGAAGAACAAGGAGCCCAUCAGAAAGGUCUUUGUAGGAGGUCUUUCUCCAGACACUCCAGAGGAGAAGAUCAGAGAAUAUUUCGGUGCCUUUGGAGAGGUGGAGUCCAUUGAGCUCCCCAUGGAAACCAAAACCAACAAGAGACGAGGCUUCUGCUUCAUCACCUUCAAAGAGGAGGAGAGAGUGAAGAAGAUCAUGGAGAAAAAGUACCAUAAUAUAGGAUUAAGCAAGUGUGAGAUUAAGGUGGCCAUGUCCAAGGAGCAGUACCAGCAGCAGCACUGGGGGGGAGGAGGCAGGGGGGGAUACCCCUCCAGGCCUCCCGGCAGACAGGGACCCAAUCAGAAUUGGAACCAGGGAUAUGGCAACUACUGGAACCAAGGUUACGGCAACAACUACGGCAAUUAUGGCUACAACAACCAAGGCUACGGUGGCUAUGAUUACUCUGGUUACAACAACUAUUACGGCGGAUAUGGUGACUACAGCACAGACCAGCAGGGUGGUUAUGGGAAGUCCCCCAGGCGAGGUGGUCACCAAAACAAUUACAAGCCGUAUUGAUGUAACAGAAGUUCCACACACGCAGACAGCGGAGCUUCCUUGCAGGCCAUGAGCUGACCUCCCCGGUACUCUCUGGCCCGCUCAAUGCGGACCGGGUACGAGAGGCGUACGCUCUCGAAUGCUGCCAUUUGGUAUGGUCUUCCAACAUCCUGUCUCAGCAUUGUAAAUAAAAACUAAGUGGGACAUGUCCGGCUUUGUCCACUUUUUUAAUUUUAAUUUGUUUAAUUUCUGUAAUGUGUUUUUUUGUAAUGUAAAACUUAAAUACAAAUUAUGUAAUUUUAAUGCCAUUUUUUACAGGCCCUUACUCCCCCGUCAAGUAAUGGUAAAUUACAACAUGAUACUGAGAAAAUAACUAUUUACUUUUCAAAGGACACGGCUUUCUCUGGACUUUCCAGUGUCUUUUUCAUUCCUAAUCAUACCUGUAAUUCUUGCUUUUCUUUAUUUAGCUCUUGUAGCCGUAAUAGCCAGUAGUCCAUGAGCUAAAACCUGGUUUGUACUUGGAUGCUACUGCGUUGGAGAAGUGCGUUAUUUUUGUACUUGUAUUGUUUGCUUAUGUUACUGACAGCGGUGGGAAAACUUCUCCUUUAAACGUUAAUUUUCCUCUAACAAAAUUCUCUUUUUAACCUUUUGAGAAAGUAUCAAAGUAUCUCUACGUUUCCUGGAAAUUUGCAUGUAAUGAUUUCUUUAAUGUGUAUCUUUUUGACCAAUUGAAGGCUUUACUCAUUGGUUUUGUAUUUGGGCUUUGAACUCUUUAAUUUGUCACACUUCAGGAUUUCUAGCUUAUGGACUAACUUGUUUUUAAUUCUUAAUUGUAAGACAUAUUUUUAUCUAUUGUAAUUGUGUUUUCUUAAUGGAAAUGGUAAAGACGGGAUUCCUUUGACAUUUAGUUGUAGCCCUACUAGUGUGCAGUAACCUUCAUCAUUAACAGUUUGACUUGUUUUGUCUUUUCCAGGAUGGAAGAUUGAAGGAUAUCUUGUGAAGGAGCGUUGGCAGACGAAGUGACAGGUUUCAGUCAAGAGUUUCCUUUAUUAUGGACGGCUUGAGACAGGACACAGUCAGAGUAUUCAGUUGAUCUACGCACAUUGAAUUUAUGUUCAGUGUUGUAUUUCGUUGUUUCUUCUUGCAAAGCUUUUAAAAGUUUCCUAUUCGUCUUGUAUUGAGUUACACUGUGUGAAAGGAAUAUAUGCAGAAUUAUAUUUAAGAGUUGAUUAUUCACUUACGCUCAGUGUUAUCCCUUUUGUUAAAUGUGUAUAAUAUUCUAUGUUAAUUGCUUUUUGUUAAGGCAUAAAUUACCAUUAUUGAAACCCAAAUAGGAUUAGGAUACUUAAUUGUUCCCGAGGUGGAAAUUUGUCUUCGAUAAAUAAAAUUGGAUUGGUCAGGGCCAGAAAAUAAAUGAUUUAUAUUGCGGUCAAAAGCAAAUGCAAAUGGGCCCUUAAAUAAAUCUAUAUCCUUUAUUGUAGUUAUCACAAGUAAACAUUUUGUUAAUAUAUAUUUGACAUGGUACACAGAAAUAUAGAACAUUCAGAAAUCAUCAAAACAUUUAAAUAAAAAAACGUAUCUGAAA